GCAACCAUGGUUCAUUUAUUGAAAGUUGCGCGUCUGCUGAGGUUGGCCAGGCUGCUGCAGAAGUUUGAAAGAUAUAACCAGUACAGCAUUCUUGUGUUGGGCCUGUUGCUGUGUAUGUUUGCCUUGAUCGCUCACUGGCUGGCUUGCAUCUGGUACGCAAUAGGCAAGGCUGAGCUAGACGAGGGUGGGGCUAACUGGACUGUGGGGUGGCUGUAUGAACUGGCCGAGCGACUAGACAUGGUGAUUGUCAACAAGUCACACGUGCCGGAUAUGAUGACGUCAUACAUUACAGCCCUAUACUUCACAUGCUCUAGUCUAACCAGCGUUGGAUUUGGCAAUGUUUCUGCUAACACUAAUGUGGAAAAGAUAUUUUCAGUCUGUGCUAUGUUACUUGGAGCCAUCAUGCAUGCCGUUGUAUUUGGAAAUGUGACAACUAUCAUACAACGAAUGUAUGCCAGAAGAGCAAUAUUUCACUCCAAGACAAAAGAUCUGAAGGAUUUUUUCCGCAUUCACCGUUUUCCGAGGCAUCUCAGAAACAGAAUGAGGGACUACUUUCAAGCAAUGUGGUCAAUCAACAAUGGCAUAGACUUCAAAGAAAUAGUCAAAGAUUUUCCAGUGGAUAUGAAAGGAGAGAUUGGGCUUCACUUGCACAGGGAGAUUCUGUCUCUUCCGAUCUUUCAGCAGGCACCACCUGGUUGUCUGAAAACCAUCUCCUUGCAAACAGAACGCUUUGUCUGUGGACCUGGGGAGUUUAUUAUGCGAAAGGGUGAUACUGUGAACUACCUAUACUACGUCUGCAGUGGCAGUUUAGAAGUUUUGAAGGAUGACCAAGUUGUUGCCAUAUUAGGCAAAGGUGAUAUAUUUGGCACUGACCUCGAUUAUGAUGAUCCUGUCUGUGUCAGUGGGUGUGACGUCAGAUCUCUGGCCUACUGCGAGUUCUUGUGUAUCCAGGUGAAAGGCCUUGUAGACUCACUGCUGAUGUAUCCAGACUAUGCAGAAACCUUUAAUACAGAACUUCCCAAUGACCUUACCUAUAAUGUCAGAGAUGGACAUGAAGAUCAUAGUGAUGAUGAAUCUUCCACGGCUGCACCUGUUAUCACUUUACCAUCAAUCUCUGAGGACGAAGAAGAGAAUGAAGACAAUAAUAAUGACAUUGAUAUAUCAUCAAAAGAGCGAUCAAAGCGAGGCAGCAUUGAAGAAGAUCCUGGUGAUGGGAAAGGAAAUACAUCAUUUUCUCCACUACUGACACAGCUGGGUCAUGACCCAGGAACUGUGGGCAGUAGUGAUUGGCUGGCAGCUCGGAGUCGAUUACCAAAUGGGCAUAUAGGAAGUGCUAUCAGCAUGCGCUUGGCGAAUCAUCAAAUAAAACUAAGACAGUGGAUCAAUAGAGCUAGAAAAAGCUUUGCUGAAUAUGUCCAGCCUUGUUGGCGUAUUCAUAAAUCUUUAUACCUGUGCUGGGCUGAAGCAUCAGUUAAAGGGACAUUUGCUUUACACAGAAGAAGUAAAAGAAACAACUCCCUAAGACUUUACAGCUAUAUCAUAAUUGCUGCUGCUGACAUCUCAGCUUUGCUGAAUAUGCAGUCUAAAUAUAAUGGUCUAAUUCAUUCAUGUGAGGAGGUUACUGGUCUUCAGGAUUGUGUCCGAGGUGUCUUCAGGAUUGUGUCCGAGGUGUCUUCAGGAUUGUGUCCGAGGUGUCUUCAGGAUUAUGUCCUAGUUGUCUUCAGGAUUGUGUCUUAUGUGUCUUCAGGAUUGUGUCCUAGGUGUCUUCAGGAUUGUGUCCUAGGUGUCUUCAGGAUUGUGUCCUAG